AUGUCGCUGAAAGUGUUCGACGUGGACCCGACUCUAAAGUCCGUCGGAGACCUCAUAUGGGAGCGAGUGAAAAGCUUCAGGUGGUGGAAAGAUGAGUUGGAGAAGCUGGAGGGGGGACUUGCAAAGUUCGCGGAGGGCUAUCGGGAGUUUGGUUUCACUCGGCAGGAAAAGGGCAUCACCUACCGUGAAUGGCUACCCAAUGCGAAACAAGUUUUCCUCAUCGGUGAGUUCAACGGCUGGGAGAACACCGUGCCUUUAAAGUCAGAGGGAUUUGGACGCUGGUACGUGGAGCUUCCGGAUUUGCCCGGUGGGAAGCCGGCCAUCCAGCACAAGUGUCAGGUGAAAGUUCGAGUAGAGACCGUCGAUCACAAGUGGAUCGAGAGGGUGCCUGCUUGGGCUCAGCUGGCGUGGCAGGAUCACAACACCAACCUUUUCAAUGGUGUUUUCUGGCUUCCACCAAAGGAGGAACGAUAUGUUUUCAAGCACGACAGGCCGCACAAGCCUGCGUCUCCAAAGAUCUAUGAGGCGCAUGUGGGGAUGAGUUCAAAGGAGCCCAAAGUGGCCACCUAUGUGGAGUUUUCAGAGACCGUGCUUCCACGAAUCAAACGUAUGGGAUACAACACAGUCCAGUUGAUGGCGGUUGCUGAGCAUGCCUUCUAUGGAUCCUUCGGCUACCACGUUACUUCCUACUUCGCGCCGGCAAGCCGAUGUGGAACGCCAGAGGAAUUGAAAAAGCUUGUGGACCGCGCUCAUGCGCUGGGGCUAACAGUGAUCAUGGACCUGGUUCAUGCUCAUUGCUCGUCCAACUCACUGGAUGGCAUUGCAAUGAUGGACGGGACUGAUCACUGCUACACCCAUGGCGGACGCAAAGGCCAUCAUGCUCAAUGGGAUUCCAAGUUGUUUCACUUUACGAAGCAUGAAGUGCUUCGUUUCCUUCUCUCGAACAUACGGUAUUGGCUGGAAGAAUUUCGUUUCGAUGGCUUCCGGUUUGACGGAGUCACAUCCAUGCUUUAUCUCUCACAUGGCAUUGGCAAAGGCUACUCCGGAAGCUAUCAUGACUAUUUUGGUGGGGAUGCAGAUCUCGAAGGGCAAGUCUAUCUGAUGCUGGCCAACGACUUGAUCCAUUCCAUAUUGCCUUCCGCGAUCACCGUGGCAGAAGACGUAAGUGGCAUGCCGACCCUUUGCCUUCCCAUCGAGGACGGUGGCUUUGGAUUUGACUAUCGGCUAGCGAUGGCGAUUCCUGAUAUGUUCAUCAAGCUCCUCCGAGAAGUUCCUGAUGACCGCUGGGAUGUAGGUUUCAUUUGCCACACCCUUACGAACAAGCGCUGGAAAGAGAAGUGUAUUGGAUACUUGGAGUCACAUGACCAGUCCAUUGUUGGAGACAAGACCAUUGCCUUCUGGUUGAUGGAUCAAGAGAUGUACUACGGCAUGAGCUUGGCGGAGUGCCCAGAGCCUUCGAUCGUGGUGGAUCGCGGCCUGGCCUUGCACAAGGUGCUUCGGCUGCUGGUGCUGGGCAUUGGGGGCGCGGGGUACCUGAACUUCAUGGGCAACGAGUUUGGACACCCGGAAUGGGUGGACUUCCCGCAGCAAAGCAAUGGCUGGAGCCACCACUUCUGCAGGCGGAGGUGGGACUUGCCUGACGACCAGGCGUUGCGCUACAAGUACUUCCAGAACUUCGACGAAUUGAUGAUAGCCCUGGAGAAUCGGUUCAAGUGGCUGAGUUCAGAGCAUGAGUUUGUCACAGUCUGCAAUGAAAGCGACAAAGUGCUGGUCUUUGAACGUGGUAGCCUCACCUUCGUGGUAAACCUGGAUCCCGGCCGGAGCUUUCAAGGCUACAAAGUGGGCAUCGCAAAGGACGAGGCGAUGCGCAUUGUGUUGGACACCGACGAAGAGCGUUUCGGUGGUCACUGUCGACUGGAGGAGGGGCAUGGCAAGCCCCUGCCCUCGGGGGGACCCACACAUAACAGGCCGUCAUCAUGCCUCUUGUACAUCCCGGCGCGCACCGCGCAAGUGCUUGCGCCGGCCUCUCUGCUGGAGGGUGGCAUUCGCGUGUGGCUUGAUGCUCGCUGGCUCCAGGAGCAAAACAUCGACACGCCAACAGAUGUGAACUUGGCGCUCGAGAUAAGUGAUGGUGGGAAGAAGUACCUGCGGCAAUUCCGCUUCAAUCUUGACAGCUGUGUGACGCUACACAUCUACUUUGACGCAAUUUUCGCGCUGAUCGCUCCAAAUGGUUCCACAAUCUGCAGCCCAAUUUGGCCAGAUGGCAUGUUCCACAUCUACUUUCCAGGAGACUACACCGUUUGCAGCCAGAGCGUGCUGGAAGCGGACGUCCCCAAGAAAACAUGGAAGCCUGCACCAUUGAGCAGGCAGCCAUCUGUAGUUCCGGCAGCUUCGACUCGGGAUGAGUUCUUUGACCCUUCCAUCGAUGCCGGCUUAGUUUAUCCAGAAGCAAUGGUCCUCGGACCCUCGACGAUGGACCUUCUCGACUCUCCUCAUUCAUCUCGUUCAACGGCGAAAGCAACUCCAAAGAGCGCCGUGCUGCGCAGAGAGAGGAGCUUCUGCAGGCCAUCUCCUACCUCGAAGUCCAGCAGCUCUGAGGCGAAGGGCAACGAGAAGAGCUCCAAGAUGACAGUCUCUCCAGAGGAGCGAAAGGCUCGCUGCGAGGAGCGGGCCAAGCGCUGCAAAGAGGCCCUCGCGAAGCUGGGAAGCCUGGAAUACUUGUCCACGGUCUUUAAAGACUUCGGCUUGCACCACGGUGACGGCGGAAGAUGGACCUACAGAGAAUGGGUUCCGAAUGCCAAAGAGGUGUACCUCUUCGGAGACUUCAAUGGGUGGAACCGUACAGGUACCCCCCUUGCAAAGGCCAAAGAUAAUGCAGAGAUUUGGUGCUGUCAGAUCGGGACUCCCCUAAACGCAGCACUCACAAAGGGCAGCCAGUACAGGCUGUACAUUGUGCCGAACGAAGGGGAGGCAACAGAGAUGAUCCCUCCUUGGGCCAUUCGCUACGCCAUCAAUUCCAAGACGAAAUCUCAGAAUGCAGUCGUCUGGCCCACCAGCAUCAGCCGGGGUCCAUCCAGGAAAGACCUUCAUCAAAAAUUGGAGCUCAAGGGCAAAAGGCUCCACCUUUAUGAGUUUGACAUCACGCUUGUGGCGCAGAAAGGCCAGAAGCCAAGCUUGAAGUUUGCGCGCUCUCUUCUGCAGCGCGCUGCUCAUUCUGGCUAUCAUGGUGUCCUCCUCAAAGGGCUCCACAAUGCAGAGGCCCGAUUCUCGGCGGGCAGCCUCAUGACAGUCUCGCCAACCUUGGGAGAUCCACCAGACUUCUUGGCAUUCCUUCAGAAGGCACAUGACCUUGGCCUGGCUGUCAUCUUGGACCUGGCGUCUGGUGCCGACCCUUCCCUGUCCAGCCUACCGCGAUGGUAUUUCCAAGCUGAAAACACCCGUGCGGCGGUGAGGAGCUUCGAUUUCGCUCGGAAAGAGGUCGCUCAACAUCUGCUGUAUUCGAUCAAGCAUUGGGUGGAGACUGGAGUCGAUGGAUUCCGAAUGGAUGGUCUGCCGGGUGUGGAGGGGAGCGAGGAUGAGGCGGAGACCCCGGCGGCCAAUUUCGCCAUGAUCAUGGCCUCCCUUGCGAAGUUGGCCGCAAAGGACGCCGGCAGAGAUGUUGUCAUUAUUGGCAGUGGCGACGUCGACUCCGUGUGCGAUCCGGUGGAGUCUGGCGGCUUCGGCUGCGACUUCUGCCAGAAAGACCUCAGCGAUUUUAGCAGACUUCUGCCCGGCUCACGCCGGGCUGUGGCGGAGCCUUCCUCCAAGGCCACGCACUUGGAGAGGCUGGAGCGCACCUUGAUGGAGCCUUUGAAUGCUCGCGGCAACGAUCGCGUUUUGACGUGCAUGGAAAGCACAGAGGACUUCGUUGUCAGCCAGGGUCCGCUCUCCGUUUGCAUGUUGGCGUGGGAGACGGUCCACACUGUAUCGGGCGGCGUUGUGGCUCCCUACGUGACCAACCUCAGCGAAGCACUCGUACGCCGUGGCAACGAAGUCCACGUCUUCACACGGGCUAGCCAUGGCACCAAGAUCUCUGUGGAGACAGUGAAGGGUGUGGUUUACCACGAGGUGCCUUUUCAAAUAAGCAUGGACUUCGUGGAGGAAACCGGCAACUUUUGCAAGGCCUUGGCAGCAGCUGUGGCUGGCCAUGAAGCGACCCACGGACCUUUUGAUGUAGUCCAUGGCCACGAGUGGCUGGUUGCUCGAACUCGCGCGGAGCUGCGCAAGGACGUGCGCUCGGUUCUCACCAUCCACUCCACGGAGCAGGGCCGAUCCAGCGGUGCAGACUAUGGUGGACAAAGUGAGCAAGUCAUCAGUCUUGAGGGCGAGGCAUUCAACAUGUUCGACAAGUUGUUUGCAGCAUCACAAACAGUUCGUGAUGGAGUUUAUUCGCAGUAUGACUUGAAAGGCAAAGACGUCCAGGUGGUUCACAAUGGUGCAGAGGCCAUUGAGAAGCUCACCGUGGACAUGCAGAAGGAAGCGCGAGAGGACUUGGACCUUGAUGAGACGGCACCAGUUCUGCUGUAUUCAGGCCGACUUCUUCCACAGAAGGGUCCAGACGUACUGCUCGAGGCUGUGCCGUUCGUCUUGCAACACUGGCGUGACGCCCACUUCAUCAUAGCGGGCACUGGUCACCUGCGUGGGGGCCUCGAGCGCCGAGCUGCCGAGUUGAACGUGGAGUCCUCGGUCACCUUCGCGAAGGCUCUGCAGCCAGGGACCGAAGACUACCUGAGGUACGUGGCCGCAUGCGAUGCGGUAGUCAUACCAGCACGGCAAGAUAACUACGGGGUGUCCGUCAUUGAAAGCUGGGCAGCCGGAAGGCCAGUUGUGGGCAGUUCCUGCGGCGAGCUCCCGCGACUGGUACAGCCGGAUGCCACGGGCUACCUGGUAGACCAGGAGUCAGGCAGCAUUGCAUGGGGUCUCUGCAAGAUUUGCGAGAAUCGGGAGCAUGCUCGGUGGAUGGGCGAGCAAGGGCAACAGCAAGUGCAAGACCAUUUUCUUUGGGACUUCUUGGCGAAGCGCACGGAGGAGGCUUACCUGAGCCUGCUUGGCCUUGAGGAGGCGCCCGAUGCGGAGGCGACGAAGGUUGCGAACAUGGCGAAAAGCCGCAGGCCGCCGAAACCGCCCUUGGCCUCCUCGCUGGGGAACGGCGCCACCGCGCUGCUCAAGCUUGGGCGCUUGCUGUGCCUCGGCUUUGGCGGUGAUGCGACCCUGACAUGUCUGGGAAGCGACUUUGGUUGGACAGGCAAGAUUGACUUUCCCAGAAAGAGCAAUGAGUUCAGUGAUGAGCACGCUCGCUUCCCCUUGGAGCUUGCAGCUGAUGCCACGUCUAGCUACAAGCACCUGGCUAUGUUCCAGAUGUGCCUGCUUCGGACAGAGCGGAGUCUUCAGUGGUUAGCAGAUCCCAAGCCCGAGGUGAUCCACAAGGAUGAAAAGAAGCAGCUGCUUGUCUUCACUCGAAGUUCGGUCAUCUUUGCCAUCAACUUUAGCACGAGCCAGCUGAACCUCAACCUUGACAUCCCGCAACUGAAAGGUGUGACGUGUGCCUUCAAGACAGUCGUCAACACGCAGGACCAGCGUUUCGGUGGCUCCGCCGCCAGCACGCAGUCCGAUGUUCUGGUACUGGAAGGAAAAGUACUACUCCUCUUACCGGCUCAGACGGGCGUGGUGCUCGCGCCUGCACUGCGUGCAGCUGACUUGUUGGCAGACACGACAUUGCAGCUGCCAUCAGCGGAUGCCUUUAUUGAUCUACUUGCACAAGAGCAGUCUGUGCUGUGCCCCAUCAGCUCCAGCAAGCGGCUUUCAUUUGCCGACAUUGAAGCUGAGUUCACAGCAAAUCAGCAGGAGACUGCCAAGGAGACUGCCAGGAGAGAGGCUGUCCGAAGAACUGCUGCGAAAAGAGAGGCCUCUGAACGACGAGCGUUCAAGGCGGCUUCGCAGAGGGCAGAUGAGGAGGAAUCUGACGAGGAAUCGUCUCCGGAAGCUUGCAAAAGUCCAGUUCAGGCAAGAGUCGAGAACUACAUGGAGGAAAAGCCUUCGGGCAUUCCUCUUCACUACCAGGUGGUGGGGAGGAACACCAACAAUGACGCUGGCAAUGGCCAGCAGGAGACAGCUGAUGCGUCUCCUGCCAAGCGAUGGCUCGCCAAAUACUGGAUGUGA